AUGUCCGACCAUAAAGUGGCCUCGUCCAGGACUCUCCUCUCCCCCUACAACCACUCUUCCUACUCCCAAUCCUCAGAUUCCCUCGUCCACUCUCUCCCCACCCGAAAGAUCUCCAGCAGCAACUUUAUCAAACUGGCACGACAGGCCUCCGACACUGCCUUUCGAAGCGUGGGUCUCAGCCGAAAGCAUUCUGACCACAACCUUCGGGAACAGGCUACUGUUGCUGCUUCGAUGAGUAGCCAUGGUGGUGGAGUGUAUGAACAAAACCCAAAAGUGUACCUCUACCAGCAACAUCAACAACAACAAUAUCUUCACCAGCACGUCAAAACCCGCCUUCAUCAUCAUCCUCUUCGACCACAGGGCGACGAUACAGUUCCUGAAGAGUGGGCCAUGAACAACCAGCUCCUUCACACAGAGUCCUGUUCCUCAGACGACUACUAUGACCCACCGCCCAUUGUGAAGCCGUUUGCGUCGAGAUCGUUGAGGAGAAAUGUCUCUAUGCCCGAUAUGAAGGGCAUAGCAGCAGCUGCUGCUGCUAAUGCUGGCCAAAGCUCUUGUGAGCCCCGUCCUUCAAGAGCCACCUCUCCGCAGCCUUCUGCUACUGGUGCUCGCCAGGUCAACCGUAGUCGUAGUCGUCCACGAGUGGAACCAUCCCAUUUCAUCACCACCGGCAUGGCCAACAACAACAACAACACCAAUUGUGAGCCCGCCGUUGUUACCAGCAACAGCAAUGGUCCAUGCGGGUCUACUAUUAUUUUGCCCAAGAGCACGCCUGUGAGCUCUGGAGACGAAUGUUCCAACAUCCAACGAACACCCUCCCGCCCCCCUCGCAGCCAGAAUCACAUCAGCCCCCACCACAACAACGUCAAAGUGUACCAACAGCAUCAGAACCAGAUCGAACAACAACGACACCAUGAACAACAACGACAGCGACUCCUCACACGCCGUCAAGUCCUGUCUGACGAAUCCCUCCCAGAAUACGGGGAUGCUGUGCUCUCGGUUUCGUGUGUGCUAGAUGGAUCGAACAACAACAACAGCGAUAACAACACUAAUAAUAACUUGAACAGCAAGGAUCUGCCUCCUACGCCUUCAGGCCCACCUCCAUCGUUCUCGCUCCCGACCAGGGGCCGCCGUUGCACAGAGAGCAACAGCGAGACGGAUUCGAUUACUAGUCCGACUGGUUCGUUGGCUCCAGUGAUGUUGCCUGCGAUGGGCACGAGUCUGACGAGGAAUGGGAGUAGUAAUGGAGGGAUUAUCCCGCAGGACGUGUUGCGCAGUAUGGAUCCCAAAGAUGUGCAGAGGGUGGUAUCGUCGGCGGUGAUAGCCAGUCGAGUGUACAAGGUCCUCAACCCCGAGCAGCUCGAAAGCUUAAAGAAGGAACAAGAGGGACUCCAGCAGUUCGUCGAGGCAAUGAAUGUCUCCCUCCACAUCGAAACCCGCAUGCGCGACGCCUCCUCCUCCCUCAUCCGCCUCUACGAGUCCAACCUCAACAUCGACGCCGUCAAGGCCGCCAACAGCCAACUCCACGCCACAACCUUCAAAAUGGACGACAUUGUCCAAAAGUCUCAACAGGCCAUGUGGCGACUCCUGGCCAUCCAGCGACUCCUCCUCCAACAUGAGACCGCGGUCUUGAAUGCCGGGUUGAGACGAUUGGACAAUGAGAACAGGGAUCUUUCGAGGGCUGUUAUGAACUUGGAGACGGCUAGGGGUCAAGAGAAGGAGGAGAAAUUGAAGUGGAAGAAGGAGCACACGAGGCUUAAGGUGCAGAGUAUUCUGUUUACACCUACGUCUCCUAUUACUGCCACUGCUGCAAGUGAGGUUGCGGUGCCGCCUACACCUCAGUUGCAGCUUGUUCAGGAGCAGCUCUCGGCGAUGGAGAACUAUGCCAAGGAGUUGAGUGAGGAUGUGUUGCAGAAAGAUGAGAAGUUGGGUGAGCUCAAGAUUGAGUUGGGUGCUGUCAAGGGUUGGGCGGAUGACUUUGAGGUUUCCCUCCAACAGGCCAAGCAGGAUUCUUGCUCCGAGGUUGCCGCUCCUCUUGCUGAAGAGACGCUUCAGGAACAGUUGAGCCGUCUCCAGUCCACGAUCGAGGCCGACUACAAGGAUUUCCACGUCCAUACUGACGAGCUCCAGGUCAAGGUCGACCUACUCACCGAGGAGAACCUUGCCUUCAUCACCGCCGCCUCCGCUCCUAGCAAGACGUGCGCGUCAGAUGAUGACACCUCCUCAUCUUCUGCCUCUUCUUUGAACUCUUCGCCUCUUGGUCUGACAGAACAGGAACAGCAAGAGCGUCAAGCCCGUCGAUCCUGGCGCAUCCGUGCCGGUUUUUCGUCCUCCCGCGAAAGUAUUCAGCUCCACAAUGUCCUGCGAGAGAGUCUUUGGGAGCUGGAUCGUCAGAUCGAACUCGACGAGCGCCUCAGUGCCUCCUCCUCUUCCAUUUCCAAUUCGUCUUCCGCCUCUUCCUCCUGCCGAAACUCCUCAGCCUCCACAGUCUCCAGCGCAUUCUCUCUCGACAACACCAACACCAACGGUUCCGUUAAACAUGCCGGGAACGAGAGCCCAUUGGUCAUCAGCCGACGCUCCUCCUCCCGCAGUACCGCCUCCGCCUCUUCCCCAUCUUCACCCUGUACCGGGCGAUUGAGCAGGACGAGCAGCACGAGUUCGAGUUCCAAGUUUGGACUUCGGGAGCAGGUCUUGAUGCGGGAUAUGUGUUCUUCGCCGGAGAUUGCUGCACAGGGGUUGGGGUUGGUUGUUGAGUGCGAGGAUGUUGGGGAGGGGUUGGAUACGAUUGUGAAGGAGAUUGGGCAGAUUGUUAUGCACAAGCAGCAGGAGUGA